CAAAAAGGCGUGCGAUAAAACCUAUAUAUACGAAGUUUCCACCAAUUCACCGGUAAGAAUUAAAAAUGAAAAAACUGGCUGGCUUGGUUCUCCUACUUGCGAUCGGCGCACAAGCAGCUUAUCCUGGAGUACAACAAUCCCUAAAAGUAUGCGGCGAAAGGGAGGGAGUGACCUUAGACGUAGUGACCCACAAUCCCUUCCAGCAAAACGUCAAGUGUUUUUAUCAUUGUCAUUUUGAGAUGGUCAAAAUAAUUGUCAAUGGAAAAAUCGAAAUACCCAAAAUUGAAAAUGCAAAGCCAUGCCUAAACAUUGAGCAUGCCGACAAAUGUGAGCGCGCCUCUAUGCUUCGUACCUGCUUAAAAGCGCACUUGGAUAGUUGGGAAUGGCGUCAAUUUGCCAUGUAAGACCAUCCUAACGUACGAUAAAUUACAAAAUUGUAUGGUAAAUAUUAACUAAAAUAAAUCAUACCAAGAAUAUACAAA